GCAGCCCCCGCUGGCUGUGAGGCUGGCUCGGGGGUCACGUGACGGAGGGGGGGUGUGGACCGUGUCCCGGCGGAAGCGUGAGGGACCGAGCAGGGAACAGGGACUGGCGGCGGCGGGAGCGGGCUGGCGCCGCCGGAGCAGACGUGCCGCAGGACGGGAGACACGGCUGUCACCACGGAGCCCGCCAGCGCUAACACGGCGGCGACGGCCGCUUCGCGGGCCGGGGGCGCCGGGGACCAGCCAACCUCGCUGCCCCCGCCCCCGCCGAGGAUGCCGCGCAGGAAGAGAAAUGCGGGCAGUAGCUCAGAUGGAACAGAAGACUCCGAUUUCUCCACUGAUCCUGAGCAUACGGACAGCUCUGAAAGUGAUGGCACAUCACGACGAUCCGCCCGUGUGACCCGUUCCUCAGCCAGACUCAGUCAAAGCUCUCAAGAUUCCAGCCCAGUUCGUAAUCCGCCAUCGUUUGGAGCAGAAGAGCCUGUCUAUUCUACGAGGAGGGUAACCCGCAGCCAACAGCAGCCUACUCCUGUGACUCCAAAGAAAUACCCACUCCGGCAGACUCGUUCAUCUGGAUCAGAGACUGAGCAAGUGGUUGACUUUUCUGAUAGAGACACUAAAAAUGCAGCGGAUCACGAUGAGUCUCCACCUCGUACCCCCACCGGGAAUGCCCCUUCCUCAGAGUCUGAUAUUGAUAUCUCCAGUCCAAAUGUAUCCCAUGAUGAGAGCAUUGCCAAGGACAUGUCCAUGAAGGAUUCUGGAAGUGACCUGUCUCACCGCCCUAAGCGCCGCCGCUUCCAUGAAAGCUACAAUUUCAACAUGAAAUGUCCCACUCCUGGUUGUAACUCUUUAGGACACCUAACUGGAAAACACGAGCGACACUUCUCCAUAUCGGGAUGCCCACUAUAUCAUAAUCUCUCAGCAGAUGAGUGCAAGGUGCGAGCACAGAGCCGGGAUAAGCAGAUUGAGGAGAGAAUGCUGGCCCAUCGGCAGGAUGACAACAACAGGCAUGCCACCAGACACCAGGCACCAACAGAGAGACAGCUGCGAUACAAAGAGAAAGUAGCUGAGCUCAGGAAGAAGAGGAACUCAGGACUAAGCAAGGAGCAAAAAGAAAAAUAUAUGGAGCACAGACAAACCUAUGGCAAUACUAGGGAACCUCUACUUGAAAACCUGACGAGUGAGUAUGACCUCGAGCUUUUCCGAAGAGCACAAGCACGGGCAUCUGAGGACCUGGAAAAGUUGCGGCUCCAGGGCCAGAUCACAGAAGGCAGCAAUAUGAUUAAAACAAUUGCUUUUGGCCGUUAUGAGCUGGAUACCUGGUAUCAUUCUCCCUACCCAGAGGAGUAUGCUCGUCUGGGACGUCUCUACAUGUGUGAGUUCUGUCUCAAAUAUAUGAAGAGCCAGACAAUACUGCGCAGACACAUGGCAAAAUGUGUUUGGAAACAUCCACCGGGUGAUGAAAUCUACCGCAAAGGCUCCAUUUCCGUGUUUGAAGUGGAUGGGAAAAAGAACAAGAUCUACUGUCAAAACCUGUGUCUGCUGGCAAAACUUUUCUUGGACCAUAAAACACUGUAUUAUGAUGUUGAACCCUUCCUGUUCUAUGUCAUGACAGAAGCUGACAACACUGGCUGUCACCUGAUAGGAUAUUUCUCCAAGGAGAAGAACUCUUUUCUCAACUAUAAUGUUUCUUGUAUCCUGACAAUGCCUCAAUAUAUGAGGCAAGGUUACGGCAAAAUGCUCAUUGACUUCAGCUAUUUGCUUUCUAAAGUAGAAGAGAAAGUUGGCUCUCCGGAACGCCCUCUGUCUGAUUUAGGCCUCAUCAGCUACCGUAGUUACUGGAAGGAAGUUCUCCUUCGUUACCUGCAUAAUUUCCAAGGAAAAGAGAUCUCUAUAAAAGAAAUCAGCCAGGAGACUGCAGUAAAUCCUGUCGACAUUGUUAGCACGUUGCAGGCGCUUCAGAUGCUCAAGUACUGGAAGGGAAAACACCUGGUCCUAAAAAGACAGGAUCUGAUUGAUGAAUGGAUAGCCAAAGAGGCAAAAAGAUCCAACAGCAAUAAGAUAAUGGAUCCCAGCUGUUUGAAAUGGACCCCUCCUAAGGGAACUUAACUGUCUAUCACUCCUGAAGCCAGUGAACCCCAGCAGUAGGAAGUACCCUAGGGAUCUCUGUUGUAUCUGUUGCUGUUGUGAUUGGCUGGUACAGUACCCUCCCAAAAGAUCAGUUCCCCUUGGUACUGUUCUGGCCCAGAUCUUUUGUGCACACCACAGACGCUAGUUCUGAGGAACUUUAUGUUUCGGCCUCAAUGAGGUUGCAAGGAUUGGAUCUGUAUAGGACCCAAAUGAAGCUCCUAGCAGCACUGGCCCAAGGAGUUCUGAUAUCUGGUACUGUACCUGUCCAGUCACUGGUCUUACCCUCAUGUUCUUAUUCCAAUGAGGUUGUGUUGUGUCCUAUAAUCUGGUUGUUUCUUCCUUCAGGUUCUUUGCGUUCUAAGUAAUGGAGAAAACUUCUGUGGCUUUUGAACAAGGUCAAAUAAUGCUUGUUUGGGCAAAGUCUGGUUUUCCAACGAGCUGCAGUUACACUGACUUCAGCAUUUUUAACUAGUCCUGUCUGAUGGACUGUUCCAUUCCAUGUAUCAAAUAGUUUUAGUAAGAUAACAUGCCACCUCUUUCAGCAGUGUUUUCCAUAUAAUAUAGCAGGUCUUCACAUAGUUAAUACUGUACAGUCAGAAGCUUGCAUAUCUUGUAACUGAGUGGUGUGAUUGUUAGUGUUACCCUGGAGGAGUCAAGGCUAAGUGUGUGAGAACAUCAUGGUCUGAGAUGUUUCAUAGAGUUGCUCUUGGUAUAUGCUCCUGGAGCUACUACAGUACCACGCCUGUUGGAGAGACCUCUUUGAUUAUAAGUUACUGUUUUUUCCUAGUUUAUCUCUUGGAGUUAGUAGGUUCCUUUACACAGAAGCAGCCUGUUUGGUAUAUUUCACUGGAGAUACUUUUCCCAGAGCAGUCUUCCUUGAAUUGUAGGUCUCUCUGUAUUGGAGAGGAUUUUUUUCCUCUAGACUGAAGAAAUAAAAACUUUAGACAGAUUUUUGCUAGCCUUGUCCAAACAGCCACAGAAACUCUACAAUGCAAAUAUCGUCAGUUGUUGGAUUGCCUACAGUGUACGUUCUGUGCAUCAGUGGCAGCUCCAGUUAGCUGUGUGGGUGGUUUGCUUCUCUGACAAGUGCAUUCUUGUUUGUCUUCGUAAAACAAAAAAGCUUUUACUUCCUCUCUCCCAUCAGCACCACCGGAAGAAACUAUCGUACAAUGGCUUUCAAGUAUAACCACUGUCCUUGUGCCACAAGUUUCCUAUAUGGCUCCAGUGUAAUUAAAAGGGGGGGACAAUCUUGGGGUAGAUGAUGGCAGCAUCAUAUAGUGCCGAUUUCAUUUAAACCUUCCAAUGCUUCCUCACUGAGUGUUGUCUGAAAUGAAGCACUUGCAAUAUACCAGUAGGUGGGAGCCAUUUCCUGUUAACCACUGACCCAUCCUAAUGUGGAAAAGUUCUCUACUACUCUUCUGAUGGUUGUCUGCCUUUCUCUGCCUCCUUAAAAAAAGAAAAAGAAAAAAAGAUCAUCAGUACAUGGUGUAUACCUUGUGGGCAUUACUGAAUUUUGCUGUCUCAUGCCCUUUGCUCCUGUAUUGUAACUAACUGCAGAUACUCAUGAAACUAUCCAACAAAGUAGAUCUCUUGUGGAGUAGGGAAGAAGGCCAUUCUUGUGCAGAAGCUAAACCCUGUUCCCAUGAUGUGGUAGAAUGUGCUAUUCUUGUAUCUACUUCUCAAUAAAGCAUGUUCUCUGCUCAA